AUGUGGGGCUGCUGCAGCCGGCUGGGUCGGGCGACCUUUCUUUUGACAGCAAAGCGGACAGGGGUCAGUGCGAGAGGCGGGCGAGGAAAGAGCCUGCUGGCAGGGAGCCACGGUCGCGGCUCCAUUCUGCGGCCGGAAUCGGGAGCAGGCCGUGGCCCCUUCCGGAGUCCGGCGCAUCUAAAAACUGAAAAGCCAGACGUGAUUGUUUGCCGUUUUUGCACUGCUAAAGAUAAGGUCUCCUACAAAGAACUCAAGGAGUUGCUGCAGUCCAAGGCCAUUUUGCUUGUUGAUGUUAGAGAAAAAUGGGAAAUUGAGCAGUAUGGGAAAAUUCCUGGAUCCAUCAGCAUUCCAUUGGGCGAGGUUGUGGAAGCUUUGCAGAUGGAACCGGUACAUUUUAAGGAGAUAUACAAUCAAGAUAUGCCUUCUAAAUCAGACAUUUUAGUGUUUUCCUGUAUGGCAGGAGUGAGAAGCAUACAAGCUCUAGCUGCUGCAAAGUCUCUGGGUUUCAGCAGAGCUCAGAAUUAUGCUGGUGGCUUCAAGGAAUGGGCUGAGUAUGAAUCUUCUGCGGGGAAAUGACGUCAGGAAUAGUGACCUAUUCAGUAUCCUCAUAGUACACAGAGUGAAGGCUAACUUUUAGUAAGGAUCUAUAUAGAUUUAGGAACUAUUUUGUAUAGCAGUAUAUUGGUUGUGUUACACAGCAGGAAAGAACUGAUACCUGUUUUGAAUAUUCAACCAGGCUAUUCCCCAUUAUGGAAAUAUCUUCUCCAAAAUUUGAAUAUUUCCUCUUAAAUAGUUUUGCUAUUUGAAUGAAAUUUGCAAUGGAUCAAUAUAAUAGCCUAAAUAAUAAUCAGGUUGUUCUCUUAACACUGCAAUUAAUUUCAACUCUUACAUACUAACUGAAUUUUGGUGAGUCGUGAUUUCAAAUUAAAAUUGUGCAUUUUAAAAUUAGUAAUUAGACACUUUCUUCAAACAACUUUAGCUAAUUUUCCCAGUAGUUUUUCCUGCACAUAAAACAGAGCUCAAAUGUUUAUCCAGCAUGUAAGAGAUAACCUUGGUUUCUUCUUCUUGCUUUUAAAGUCUUUGACUCUUUGUAUAGCCCUGCUUUUUGCUUUCUGAUAAUAAAUGCUCGUGGAAGUAAUAGUGUGUGGAAACAUGUUUUUAUCCAACAGGGGAAGUGCUCAUAGUAUGAAUACAAUAUGCUACAUCUACAUAACCUAUUACUAUUCCACAGUUAAAUCAACAAUGCAAUCAUAUUUCCAAUUAAACAACUUCCACCGAUUUCAGCGGAUCCUGAUUCCAUUCUUUAUUUAUGUAUCUGCAAUACCACCUUGAUUUAUUUGUAUCGUUUAUUUAUCACUCCAGAAUAAAAGAACCAGACAAAGUU